AUGUUUGAUAACAAACCUCAUCCUCAAAUCGACCAAGCCUUCGCCGCCCGCCGCCUCCGGACAUUCGCACUUCGCCCAAGACCUUCCGGAGGACUCUCGACGGUCCUCAUUCCUCAAUACGAGCUUCCCGGCGGCCUUCAAGUUGUUGCAUUCUAUUCUAUUCCCAAUUGCACGGUGUUAUCAGUGGAUUUUCAGAUGGCCAUCACUUCUGCUGUAGCUUCGCCACCGCCUCUCAUUUGCUCCCGCCGCCACUCACACUCGUUUCCCUCUUUAAUUUCUCGAAUCGGAAAGGAUGCAGUUCGAAGCUACCGAGCUCCUGAAUUACAUACCAAGUGUAAAUCUUCUUUGCAACCUGUGGCCAUUGAGUCCGAAAGUAGCAGGAAAGUUGCCGUGCAUCUAUCACCUGUUGAUAAUGAUAAUGUUUCUACUUCAAGUGCAGUUGCAAAAACAUCAAGCAAAAACAAAAAUACCAAAAAGACACAAACUGAAGUUGCUCACAAGUUACUUUCCAUUAUAAAAUACCCUCUUAACACAGAGGCUGCUAUGAAGGCAAUUUUAGAACGCAACACAUUGGUUUUUGUUGUGGACAAACGUGCAAAUAAACCUGAGAUCAAGGAUGUUGUUGAGAAGAUGUUUCAGAUACGGGCCAAGAAAGUGAAUACUCUGAUCAAUUAUGAUGGGACAAAGAAGGCUUUUGUAAUGCUGGCGCCAGAUUGUAAUGCUGUGGAUGUGGCGAAAAGGAUUAAUUUGCUGUGA